CUGCGACCUUGUAUCGCGCGUUAGCUGGUGAUGUCAUGCCUUUUUUUUGUGGGGGGUGGGGGGGUUAAGUUGGGUGUUCCUGAUUUAUAACAACGACAUAGAAAAAAGUUAAGUCCAUACGGAACAUUUCGAUUGGUCGAGCGACUGUUCUUUUUUAACAAGUUUAUUAUAAUUGGUUGGCAAAGUUAUGCAGGGAUUCCCAGCCGAGGCUGCGAGUUAAAAAUCCGCGCUGUCAAAUGAGCGCGACUGUGCGGGUGAGCGGGUCGGGGCAGCUGCGGUACUUUAGCUUUGAGACUGAGAGCAGACGGCUUGAAAGGCGGCUGGGAUGGACCUCAGCGCCGGUUUGCAGAAGAUGUCAGUGGAGCGGCCGCCAGCAGGAAGAGGUGCGGUCUGUCUGACAUGUGAGGGGAUCUGCUCUGGAUUCCAGCCACAUUCCUGGAGGAAAGCCUGCACCCAGUGCCGCUGCAGCCAGGAGGAGCACGCCCCCAGCUCGGACAGUGAGGAUGACCGCAAGAUGGGCAGCCUGCUGGCCGAGUCGCGCUACGCCCACUUGACGGCCAAGGUGAAGGGCGGCGAUGGUGCCCGCGUAUACAAGCGCAACCGCAUGAUCAUCACCAACCCCGUGGUGUCGCGCAAGGACCCCACCUUCAACACCAUCACCUACGACUGGGCCCCCCCAGGACUGAACCAGAAACUGGCUGUCCUGUACAUGGAGCAGCUCCCGGAGGAACGGCGUCCCGUCAGCGGCACCAAGGGCGCCCUCUACAGGCGUAGGCAACUGAUGCGGCAGCUCCCGUCAUACGACCAGGAUCCCUCCAAGUGCCACGGGCUGCCCGAGGCGGAGUUGCGUGCCAUGGCGCUCUUUGUGAAGGCCUACAAGGAGGAGGCGCUCGGCGUGGCAGAGGUGGCGCUGCCCGGGGAGGGGGGGGCAGCCCGAGAUGAUGCUGCCAAGCAGAAGAAUGGGAAGGCGGGCCAGGAUACACAGGAGCCCGACUCCCCGGCCAACGGGACGCCUGGCAAGAAAGGGGAAUAUCACUGUGAGCACUGCGGAGGCCUGGCGUUGCCCGACAGCCCUGUGGUGUAUGCGGAGAGGGCCGGCUAUGACAAGCUGUGGCACCCCACCUGCUUCGUGUGCGCGCAGUGCGGAGAAGCCCUGGUGGACCUGGUCUACUUCUGGGCGGACGGCGUCGUGCUGUGCGGACGGCAUUACAGUGAGAGGCAGCGGCCGCGCUGCGCCGGCUGCGACGAGCUGAUUUUUUCAGAGGAUUACCAGCAAGGGGCAGAUGGCCAGGCCUGGCAUAAGGAUCACUUCUGCUGCUGGCGAUGUGGCCAGCCAAUCAGUGCCCGGUGCUCCUGUAGUCAACCCUCCAGGCCAGUGUAGCACUGCAGGUCAGCUGCAGGCUUCCUUUGGGGCCUGCUGGAUGGCAUAAUGGCUGCAGCAGUGGAUAGAUAGUACUUUAAUAGUUUUCAGUCCUGGUCCUGUGCAACCGUAGAUUGAAUUAUUUGUUAAAUCAGGCACUCUAAAGGGUCCUGGUGGAGCAAAAUUUGCAGGUCGUGGUGAGAGCAAUGAAUCCUGCACAUAGUCAUCCCCCUCCCCCCAGGGGGGGUAGGAAGCCUCAUUUCCUCCACCCCCGGCCAGCAGGAUAAUACUGAAUCACAGGUACAGGUGCAUUCAUGCAAAUGAAACACAUUCUCUUUAUUUCUGGAACGUUUCAUAUACUUAGAACAACUUAAGUGGCUUCAAGCUGGUCCGUUUUCAUUCUCUGGGGCAGAAAAAACAUCUUCGUUUGGCAGUUCCAUUAGCAGUGAAAAAAACAAGUGCUUUGCUAUUGUGAUCAGUUUAACGUGAUCUGAUUGGAGGCGUUCAUUCAAUGCUUACCUCCAUCCAUAUUGAUUUGAAUUUCAUUUACACAAAGUUCACUGCACGCUGGUUGGUUGGGACACGGACUGAGAACCACUGCUCUGGUCUAAUCAGAAGUGUAAUCGGUAGCUGAAAGUAAUAGUUUUAGUACUAACUCUUUGCAUUCUUGCAUUCUUAUUUAAGAGCACUUGUUUAAGGGUUCUGGGUUUUGUGAAUUUGAAUAGCUUGCAUAAAGGACAUCUAUAACGUAUGUUUCUCUAUUUUAUGAAAUUAGAUUUAUCUGAUGUGACUUUUUUCCCCCCCAGGAUCUUUAUUUUUUUAAGAACGAUAUUCGACAUGUUUUAUGGUUUUUGCAAAAGUUGCAUACGUUUAUUUUUUUUGUUUUUCCUUAAACAGUGGUGCUUUAUUAGUCAUUGUUCUUAAUGGAUAGCACUGGAUUGUGAUGUUGCAAGAAAAAUGUAAAGAACAGAGUGAAAAAGCGUGUUAUUUAAUGGGGGGGGGGACUUGUUUGUUUUGAAUGAGUAUCAGAUGUAGGCAGAUCGGAUGGGUUUGUCGUAUAAGAUGACCCUGGUUUUAUGUGCUUCUUGAUCCACUCCCGGACACAUGGUGAUUCAGCAGAAAGCAACGCGUCGCCCCGGUUAUGUUGAAAGAAGCGUGUUUUUGCUUGUGUACAUUAUAAUUCAAAGACUCUCAUGCAAUCCCGGAGGGAUACGCUGAUGCCAAACCCAAAAGCACAGCAAACAGACUCUCCUAUAUGAGCUAGCCAAGGAGGGACGGAGAGAGAGGAAAGAAAAAAACACAUUUAUGUCUAAAGACAGAUGUUUUGACCAAGUGAGGCUGAAUGUAACAUAAGCACACCCGCCCCCCUCCCUUUUGGAAAAAACAUUUUUUGCCUUGAGAUAAUUUUUAUUGAAAGGAUGUUUUUUGGCACCGAAGGGCUUCACUUGGACUGGGAGCAUGACGGUUCUCUGCUGACUUGGAGACUUAUAAAAGCUCGUCAUGUGGGUUAGAGUCUUGCGGAAAGUGCUACGCUUCAGAGAGCUUCAUGGACACAAUCCCCUCCAACCCCCCCCCCCAAAAAAAUAA